AUGAAAUUGUUUGAUUCAUUUUUUAAACAUGCUUUGAUAAGAAUAAAUAAAAGGAAUAUAAUAUAUUUGAAUGCCACUAGAUGUUAUUGUAAUAACAUAAAUUAUAAUGCUUUGAUAAAUUUUCUAAAUAAGAAAAAUGAUAUAAAUAAAGAAAUUAAUGCCUUAUAUUCUUUAUUAGAAAGGUUGUCAAAUUAUAAGUACGAACAAUAUAAAGAAAAGUUAACUCUGAAAAAUAAUAUAAAGGAUGAAAUAACAAAAAUAAAAAUACAAGGCAAUGAUAAAAAUAAUAAUAUAAAUAUUGAAAAUGAUAUGAAUAUUUCUCAGCUGGAUCAUAAUCAAAAUGGUAAUAAUAAUAAUAAUUAUUAUUAUGAUGAUGAUUAUAAAAAACUAAUAUAUAAUUGGAAAUAUGAUAAAAUAAAAAUAUUUAUAAGCUGGAGCCCCGAAAUUAUUGAAGAUAAAUAUAAGUCCAAAUGUUUCUCUAUCCCAACUUAUAUUACAUUUCAUAUUGUUAUAUCUAAUAAUGAUAUUAAGUUGAAUAACAUUUUAUAUAAUUCUUAUGAAUAUGAUAACUGGAACUUUAAUAAAAUAAUACAAACAAUAAAUAAUCAUAACAAUUUAAAAGAUAAAGAAAAUGCACAACAACAUUCAAAAAAAAAUUCACAACAAUAUAUUCGAAAUUUUAAAAAGGGUGAAUCUGAUAUACCAUCAUAUGAUUUCAAAGAAUCUUCAUUAGAAAAAAUAAACGAACAAUCACAAUUAAAUCAUUCUAUGUUAUCUGAUAAAAAAGAAGAACAUAUGAAUUGUAAUAAUAAUAAUAUACACACAAAUUAUAAUAAUGAUGAACACAUAAAUAACAAAAGUCAAUAUAAUAGUGAUUAUAUUCAUGAUAAACAUAUUGAAGAAGAGGAACAAAAAAAAACCAAAAAAAACAAAAAAAGUUGCAUAGUCGAAAAAAAAAAGACAAAAAAAAAAAAAGAUGAAGAUUCUUAUAAUGAUAUAAUAAAUUAUACCAUAAAGAAAAAAACAAAUACAAAUAAUUCAUUAUAUAAUAUAGAAUCAAUUUUAAAUACAACAGAAAUAUAUGAAGAUAAUAUAUAUUAUGAUAAAUAUAUAGAUAAAGAAAAAAAUCAUAUUUAUUUCUUUUCCUUUAAUAUAUCGGAAUUAAUGAAUAAUGAUCAAGUAAAAAAAAAAUUAAAUGAAUGUAUUGAACCUAAUUUUAUAAAACAAAGUAUAUCGAAUAUAAACAAUAAUGAUUUUUUUUUAUAUGUUGUAUAUGAUUAUAAAAAUUUAAUACAUAUAUUUAAUAAUAUUAAAUUAAAAUUAAUAAAUAUUAAUAAUAUAUUUGAUAUAUAUAUUAUUAGUUCAUUAUUACAAUUAGUUCAAAGAGGGGAAAAGUUACAAAAUGUUUAUAAUGAAUAUUUAAAUGUUAAAGAUAAAAUUCUUAUAACAAAUAAAAUGAAUGACAUUCAAAAUUUAAGUCCUAAUAGUUUUUCAUAUUUUUCAAAUUUUGCUCCUGAAUUUAGUGAUGUCAUAUCAGCAAAGUUUGGUGUAUAUGGGUGGGGAAAAUAUCAAAAGAAAAAAGAUAAAAAAAAUAAAAAAGAAAAUAAUGAAAAUAAAAAAAAUGAUGAUAAUAAUAUAUACAAUGAAAAUAAUGAAAAUAAUAAAAAUGAUGAUAAUAAUAUAUACAAUGAUGAUAUAUGUGUGGAUAUAUCAAAUGAGAAAAAAAAUAAAAAGAAUAAAGAAGUAAAAAACAAAAAAAAGUUAGAGAAAAAAAACAAAGUAGAAAAAGAAAAACAAAAUUAUUUAAGCUUUACUCCUCAUAAUAUAAAUAACCUUCAAGAUAUUAAAAAACUUGUAUUUGGAAAUAAAAGAAAUAUAUCAGAUAUCACAGAAGAAGAUAAUAUAUGUUAUAGUAUAUCAAGAAAUUGUUGUUUGAUUUUAUUAUUUGAAUAUUUCAUAAAUAAAUUAGAGCAUAAUUUCAACAUACUAAAUUUAUAUAUAAAGGUGGAACAACCAUUAAUAUUAUGUAUAAGUCAUAUAGAGAAAAAAGGAAUUUUCUUGAAUCAAAAUAAAAUUGAAGAAAUACAAAAAAAAUCAGAUGACCCUUUAAUAUAUAAAAAUGAAAUUGAAGAAUUAUGUAAGUGUAAUAUUAAUUUAAAUUCAUCCAAGCAAGUCUCUUCAUUGAUAUAUAAACAGUUAUUAGACAUAUCGAUUAGUACAGAUAAUACGGAAGAAAAUAUGGUGGAAGAUGUAGACGAAAAUAUAAAUGAUGAUAAUAAUGAAUGUGUAGAUCAAUUAGAAGCAUAUACCCAAACAAAACAAAAAGAAAUAAAAAGCAUACAUAAUAAUAAUAAUAAUAAUAAUAAUAAUAAUGAUGAUGAUAGUAAUUGUAGUAAUAAUAAUUAUAAUAAUAAUAUAAAUCACCCUUUAUCAACAUACACUAAUAAGGAUCAUAUAUCUACUUAUGAUGUACAAGAUACAUCGGACCAAUAUGAUAAUUAUAUAAAUGAACAUAAUCAUUAUAAUAAAUGUAUAAAAAAUAACCCUUUUUUUAAUAAUAAUAUUUCUAAUCAUAACAUUAUGAACAAUCUUAUAAACAUUAAUUACAAUUCAUUAUAUAAUAAGAAGAAAAAUAAUCAUCCAUAUGAUGAAAAUAAUAAAAUAUACUUCCUUAACAGUAGUCAUAAUAAUAAUUAUAAUAAUAAUAAUAUUAACGAUAUGGCCAGAAACAAAAAUCUACAAACCAAUAAUAAGUCAUUAAAAAUUCUGGUAGAUGAAAUUGAAAAAAGUAAUUAUAUAAAAGAAAAGGAAAAAGAAAAAUUAAAAAAAAUUAUUAAAAAUAUUAAAUUAUAUAGAGAAUCUAAAAAGUUAGUACAAAAUUAUAUAGAAAAUCUACCAAAAUAUAUACAAAAAAAUACAAAUAAAAUACACUGUAAUUUUAAUCAAAUUGGAGCUUCAACAGGAAGAUUAUCUUGUGAUCAACCCAAUUUGCAAAAUAUACAUUCAAGAUUUCGUUGUGCUAUAUCUUUAAAAGGUAAGGAUGAAAAUGACACACAUGAUAAUAAUAUAUCACACAUACAUAUGUCAACAAAUAAUAUGUCAACAAAUAAUAUGUCAACGAAUAAUAUAUCAACAAGUAAUGUAUCAACAAGUAAUGUAUCAAUAAAUAAUGUAUCACCAAAUAAUAUAUCACCGCAUAAUAUAUCAACAACUUAUCCAUUAUAUACCAUGAAGAAAAAAAAUUUAAUCACCUUCGAUUAUAAACAAAUGGAAUUAUUUGUUAUGGCAUACCUUAGUUUUGAUGAACAGUUGUUGAAGUUAUUAAAUUAUAGUGAUGUAUUUAUAGAAACAGCCAAAGUACUUUUUAAUACUAAUGAUGUUACCAAUGAAUUAAGAAGAAUGACAAAAACUGUUAUAUACGGUAUAUUAUAUGGACAAACUGAAAAUGGACUAGCCAAAAGUUUAUUAAUUAGCGAUACUUUGGCUAGUAACCUAAUAGAAAACUUUUUUCAAUUUUUUCCAAAUGUCUAUCGAUUUAUGAAAAUGCAGAAAUUUUUGGUCAAACAUAUGAAUUGUGUUUAUACACUUAUAGGAAGGAAAAGAAUAAUAUUACCAAAUAUUAAAAAUAAAUAUAGGAUAAGUAUGAAUACACCUAUACAAGGAUGUGCUGCAGAUAUUAUGAAAUUUUCUCUCUUGUCAUGUUUCAGUGUUCUUAAUAAUAAUAUAUAUAAUAACCAUAAGUUAUUAAAAAUGAAUAAUAUAAAUCCUUUAAUGAUACAUAAAAAUCAAGCCUUUUUAAAUCCAACUAAUUUAAUUUUACAAGUACAUGAUGAAUUAUUAUUAGAAAGUGAACAUGAUGCUACAAAAUAUAUAAUACAACUAUUAAAUCCAAUCUUGGAAAAUGCUUUUUAUAAUUUAAUAUAUUAUACGAAUUCUCUAGAUAGACUUAAACUAUUAUAUGAUUAUAUGCAUGAUCAUAUUUCUAUCAAAACAUAUAUAGAUGUUUUACAAGAUAUAAAUAAUAAACAAUAUAAUGAUGAAAAAAUAUACAAUGGGCUAUAUAAUACAGAAGUAUCAGAAGAAUCACACAUAUAUAAUAUAUCAAAUAAUAUGGAUCAUAUAUUUCAAAAAUUUAAUUUUAAAUUGCCAAUUAAAGUUGAAUCAGGCGGAGUCUACAAGGAGUCUUCAUAA